CCACGCCCGGGACUGGUAUCGUGCAAGAAUACAGCGAGAGGCAGAGGCAAUAAAGCGACCCUUCGCUCCUCGAGAAUGCAGUCGCUUUCAGCUACGUCCCAGCGCCAGCAAUACGACGCUCAAAACCCCCGGCCUGCUGAAACCCCGAUGGAGCAGUUUGCAGCGUCCAGUCUGGAUCUGAUUCCGCGUGGGCCCCCGCAAGGAGGAGGAGGUGGCCCAGGGGCGACGGUAUCUUCGGUGCACCAGCAAGGGCUGCAAGCACAGAUGAUGAUGUCAAACAACGGUGCUUUGCAGCCAGCCCGAGGAGUACCUCUAGGGACUAUCCAAGCAGGACAUCAAGGAGGUAGUACAACAGCUUUGUUGCAGCAACAGCAAAUGCAGCAGAUGGCCCUGCAAAAUAGUUGCAUAUCCCAGCAGGGUCAGACGCAGCUCGUGCCCGCGAAUAAUCAUGGAGCUGCGAAUACGAGUUAUCUUCCGAUCGUCGGAGCAGGUGCCGGCAUGAUGCAGGCCGCGCAGCAUGGUAGUAUGCACUGCAUGCCGCAACAGGGUGUUCUUGGAGAACCACUGAGGCAAGCUGCGCAGGUUGGAGGACCACAGGGGCAGGUUACCAACAUGAAUAAUGCGAUGGCGAUGCAACAGAUGACGAUGCAACAACCACUACCACAAAAUCUGCAGAGCAUGGCUCCUAUCCUUGCUGGUAGUGGUUGUGGUACUGCUGGUCCAUAUAAUUACCAGCAACUGCAGAUGAACCAGGUUGGUAAUUCUAGACCAGGUCUUCAACAGCUUCAACAACAACAGCUAUCAUGUGCAAAAGUAUCGUAUUCCUAUUCGUAUAAAUGCAAGUCUUGCGUAUAUACAAAUCUUGUUCUGAAGGCAAAUCCGCAUUACAAAUUUUAACUCUCAUGCUGAGGGAAUUUGUCAUGCAUUUAUACGAGUGCGAUACUUUUGCAGUUCAUAACAGCUAGCCACAAACAACCCAAGCCACGUGGUGAUCCAGUACAACGCGCACUAUCAUAUGGAUAUGACAGUGCACAACUCCCCCUCCCCCUCAUUUGGAUUUGUCAUGCAAAACCCCGAAUCCAGUCGCUGCCUUAUGGCACUGCUUGCAUGACAAGUUCUGGUAGCCCAAACAGUACUGAUUCAGGUACAUAAAUUUGUCAUGCAUAGGCUCCACGACGUGUGCUGUUGUUUGUAUUGCUCUUCAUGCCAUACAAAUGAGGGGGAGGGGGAGCUGUGCACUCUCAUAAUGGAAAAGCCAGACUUAACAGCUAGCACUGCCGCACCACAGAUGAA